AUGGGCGGCAUCGCCAUAAAUUAUAAAGGCGAGGCAAUCAUCAACAAGGGUAGCGGUGAUCAAGCGAUACCAGGGUUACAUGCAGCAGGUGAAGCGGUGAGCAACUGUCAUGGAGCCAACAGACUUGGAGCCAACUCGAUUCUCGACGUCGAUUUGGGAUUUGGGAAGGCGAUUGGCAUAAAUAUCGGAUGCAUUGCCACUCCUGGUGAUAAACAGCCAGAGUUAAAACAUAAUAUAUGUGAUGCAUCUAUUGAUAACUUAGAAAAAGUAAAGGCUUUGAAGGGCUCAGUCUUCCCACACGAUCUUCGUUUGAAUAUGAGAACUACUAUGCAAAAUAAAUGCGGUGUCUUUAGGGAAGCGAAGUUAUUGGAUGAAGCCCAGGAAGAAAUACAAAAGUGGUAUGCGGCAUUCAAAGAUUUGAAAAUUACCGACCAGAAGAAAAACUUUAACACCGAUCUAAUAGAAAGUCUAGAGCUUCAGAAUAUGUUACGGGCUGCAGUUCAGUCGAUUAUCCGGGAAGCCGCAAGUCUAGUUGGGGAACGGGAACAAAUAGAUACUUGGGAUAACCUUAAGUUAUUAUUAAGCCAACACUUUGGCGAUCCAAGGUCAGAAGAUUGUCUGGCUAUGGAAUUAGAUUCCCUAAAAAAGGAUAAGAACGAAAGUCAUUUAGAUUUCUGUCAUCGUGUCCAACAUUUAAGGAGUAUUUUAUUCUCCAAAAUAAAUGAAACCAUUGACAACCCCGAAAUAAGACAGGCCAAACAAGCGAUAUAUAAUAAUUCGGCAUUAAACGUUUUCUUAUUUAAUUUACCAGCGUACCUUGUAAGAUUAGUGAGAUUACGUAAUGUUACCACGCUGGAAGAUGCUUUAAAAACCGUGUUGGAAGAACAAAAUUUUCAAACGGUUUAUGAUAGAAAAACCGAUAAAGAUAACCAAUCAAUGGUAGUUAAUGUAGAAAAUGAAAAUAGUAAUUCUAUGUCUUUCUCUGAAGCAUCUAGGUCUGAAACAACUGGUCGUAUAGAUGAACGUGAUAUUCCAUCUCGAAUUAAUUCCCGGUCAUCAUCUCGUACACUAACAAGUAACUCUAGUACAGACACAGUACAUUCCGCAGAUGAUAUGACUACAAAAAGUGUUCCUAUUCUCAAAGAAGCCAUAAAUACUAAACCAAAACUAUUUUUAACACAUACAUGGGAUAAAAAUGAACUCUUUGUCCAAAUUAAAUCUCAUCCAAAACAAAAUAUUUCAGAAAUAUACUUACGAUUAAAUAAUUCGGAAUUCCUCAAAGAAUAUAUUAAACCUAAAAUUAAAUAUUUCAUUUAUUACGACAACAAAGCGCAUCGAUCAUUGUUUAAGGACAUAAAACGUCCCCCACAGGUUACUCCUAUUCCUAUAACAAAAUCCUCUAAAACUUACACAAUUAUUCCUAAAUAUCCUUACCUAUUGGUGAAUGGUUUGAAAUACAGAAAUGUGUUGAGCCCUUGCGAGAGCAUAGAAGACAACAAAUACUUAUGUUCAGAAGAAAAUAUGGCAACAGACAAUGAGGAAACAUGUAUCGAGGAAUUAAUGUUAAUAAAGAAUAAUUACAGCCUAUGUCAUCAACAUCAAAUACGAAUUGAGAAGCUAAAAAUCCAGAAGAUAAUGAACAACAGCUGGUUGAUAUUCACAGCAGAUAAGAUAAUUUUGUCGGAACACUGCAGAAACGACGUCCGUCGAUUCAGUUUACUGGGGACUUACGUCGUGACGCCAAGUCAAGGGUGCAACAUGCAAAUUGGCAGAACAAUCUUCGGUCAAUCAAGCAAUGUAUCGGAUGUGAAUAUACAGAUGCCACUGGUGGUGAUUCCCGAACUUCAGGAAGAUUUAGCAACGGCAGAUAAAAAGUUAGAUUUGACAAACGUGGACUUCAGUGACGUAAAAGAAAUGUUAAAUAAUGUGAGAAAUAGCAAUAGUGAAAUAGUGGUGGAAAGUGUGGUGACACAUAACAUAAGUGUAUGGACAUUAGUUCUUUAUUUUAUAGUAGUAAUAAUAGUAAUUGUUAUAAUAUUAAAGUUUAAAUUGUAUUCUAUUUGCAAUAAAAGAAAUUCUCCGAAGUCACCUUUAGCCCCUUCGGAUAAUUUCUCUCUUAGGGAGGGAGGAGUUAAGAGUACCAACCCUAUUAAUAUAUGCUUUGCUAGCACUAAGCCGAAUGUAGGUCGUGCGUCAGCAACGACCAAUACUUAUCCGUUGCCGUUCCUUUACUCCUGCGCUAGAAAUCGAACAGAAAGCAGAGGUGCACACUUUCGAGAUGACUUUCCAAAGAGAGAAGAUGAAAUGGACUACAGUAAACCGACAGAAGGACAGACAGCGAAGCCCAUAGAGAAACAUUGGCGUAAACACAGCAUAUCUAACCUCGAUCUCGCGACCGGAAAAGUAACUAUUAGCUAUAGACCAGUCAUAGACAAAACCUUGGACGAUGAAGUUCAGACGAUUCCCCCUGUACCCAGAGUUUACUAG